UUUUUUUUUCUUCUCGCUCUCUCUCUUCUUCCUGAUAAACAAUAGCAAUACCAACCGAGUUGUAACAGUGGCUCGCACAACACGAUCCACACCAAACAUACACAUUCAUACACAUCAUGUCAACAUCUACAUUACAGCUCAUGCCUUCCACCACUACCACUCCACAGCUUGAUCCUGUUGCUUAUGACCUCAAGCGUCUAAAGGUCUACUCCUCCUGUCUGCGUUGCAGAUCAAAGAAGGUCAAGUGCGAUCGCAAAGAGCCUUGUUCUCGUUGUGAGAAACACAAUACUGAAUGCUCCUACCAAGAAAUGACUUCAGUUCAACUGGACAUUCGUCAGUUCCAUCGCCAUCUCAACAAUCCAAAGAAUCGUAGGGAUGGUACAGGUCUUAUUACCUCCUCUGCUACCCCUGUGAUCCCACCCUCUUCCUCCUCCUCCUCCUCCUCCUCCUCCUCCUCCUCUUCUGCUGUCGAGUCUUCAAUUGCCUCUCCUGCCUCUGCCUCUGUUUCUACUUCCUCUACCACCGUCACUUCUCCUUCCGCCCCACUUUCUAUCACGAUCGCCCGCAGUAACCAUACCAGUCGUAGCAAUAAUAGUAAUAAUAGCAUCAGUCCCAAGAGCAGCAAUAGUCCUACGAAUAGCAAAAGUAUGAUGUCUCCGACAAGAUCUCGGCCGGCUCCUCCAACUCCUCAUGUUAACAACAGCUAUGAUUGUCCUACUCCUAAUGCAUGUGCUGCGACCUAUGGUGCUCCUGUACCAUCAGAAGCAGAUACCACGAUGGCUAUGCAGUCUUAUGCGGAGUGGAGUAACGCUAUCGAGCGCGCUCGUAACUUCAAGAUACACAACGGAAGUUCCUCUUCCAAACCUGUUCCGACUGACAAAAUGAGCAGGGCUGUAAACGAAAUCAGUGAACACGUGGACAGGGUGCAGUUGACAGACACAUCUGCCUCCGACCAACGCAAUAAAAACGAAAAAGAUGUCCCUAUUUGGCGUGCACAGGCGGUCGGAAAGCAUAAGCAGACAGCCCAUGAGCAGGACAUGGCCGAGACCUUUGGGUUAGCUGCCUAUCUUAAAGCUAAAGAGAUGGAGUCUUCGCAAGAUCCUAGUCGGGUCGGCCAACCCAUCGAUUACGAGAUGGAACUGGAACGUGCCCUAACGCAGCGCUUGCCUAGUUCCUUUUCGCGCCCAGACCGAUCUCAUACGCGUGUUUCUCGCAAGCAUGCUCAGUCUGCUUACAAUCCCGCCACACCGUAUGCUCGUCCAUCUCACUGCCAACUGUCUCCAUCAUCUCCUAAUGCCAAUUAUGGAAGUACAGCCAGCAAGAGUUCAAGCAUGAUGAUGAAACCCCCUUCUGCGGCGCAGUGCUGCUGUCAGAUUGCCGCUAUGCAAGGUCAGGCUCUAAAGUCAUGCCCAUACCAAAGUAUGAGUCAUGAUGGCUAUGAGCGACCUUCAUCUAUCCCUGCUUUGUCUUCCUCUGGCUCAGUAGCAUCUUCAAUGUCUCCCCAGACUCUCUCUCUGGACAAUGAUGAUGGCCCUCGCAUCGCCUAUUCACCUUCAUUCUCGCCCAGAUACCAUCCUACCAAUAGGGAACCAACGAGUUCCGGAUCCGUGACACCUACCGCUUCAAAUAAACAUUUCUCAUUGCCUCGAAUCAAGACCUCGGACUGGCCAUCGUCAUCAUCCAUGUACUCUACUUCUUCCUCAACAUCUCCGACGGCGAUGGAUAUCUCAUCGACAUCACCUAUUAGCACAAGACUGCCACCGAUUCGUCUACCUAUGACGGAAGAAGUAGAAGAAAGAUCUGUGUACGUGGUUGGACGCGAUGAUGAGCCCGUGCAGUGCAAGUAUAACGAACCUUACGUUGACGCAUGGGAUAUGAUUGAGAAGCCCAUCUCAAGGACUGUCCCUUUGAAGACCAAGCGCGGACGAUCAAUCAAAAUGGAGAUGGGAUGGAUCUUGUCAUAAGACCUAUCCAUAAAGAGCAAUGCUAUGUAACACGAAAAGCAUCAACAUCAACAUCAACAUCAAUAUCAACAUUAACAUUAACAUCAACAUCAACAUCAUUAACAACAACAUGAGAAACAUGGGUGAGAGGAGAAAGAUGGAAGUUAGAGUGUGUUAUACAAGAUCAUAAUUAUAAAAGUGUAUCAUCCCUUGUCUCUU